UUGACUGCCGCACAUUAAAGGUGGAACGGGAAAUUUCGAACAAGAAGCUGACUUCAGCUUCGUCAGAGAACACAAGUAAACGCUUCGUCGAGUGUCUCCAUAUUUAAGAAACUCCGUUUCCACUGAAUAUGAUAGCGUUUUUUCGACAUGUCGAUUCGCACUGGACUAAUAACCGAGGUUAUUUUUAUUUACUGAAGGCAAGUUUUACUGACGCGGGAGCGCGCAGUUGGUAAAACAUCUGACACUGAACGUUCGGGAGGGACUACAAUCACCGAGAAACGCUGGUAAUAAUUACAUUACCCCACCUCCUCACGUAAAACUAAUCCCGUCCGAAUAGGUGCACUUUUGUUGUCGGUUUUGCACAUAGGCAUAAAGAAAUGUGAUCGCCUGCUUCUCCCCUUUCAAAAGGUGUGAUUGGAUUUUCACACUUCUUAUUGAUCAUAAAAUCAAAUGCUUGUUCACUCAAUCACACUCAGAUGAUCAAUACUCUCUAAUGGGACUAGUCAUGUGAGGCUGAUGAAGGAACUCUCUGUUGGGGCUCUGUUCAGGCAGCAUAGGUCCAGACAUCUCCCAUCUGGAAACAGUGAAAAUGCGCAUAACCAAAUCUUGCGCAGACAAGACAAAUGACUCCCUCUGUUGGCAAAGGAGCAGCACAGCAAUCACUUUUCAUGACGUUGCUCGCACCCAUAAAACUAGGGUUCGAAAAGCUAUACACAAGUUACCUUAGCACCACAAACAACGUUUUAAGUUAAAAUCUUUGGGCAAUUGAUGUCAGACUUCGACAGUCAAAGUUCACACCUAUUAUUCAUAGUUGUUUCUUCCGUGGAAGACGACACUCUGUAGUUCUUCCUCUUCCAAAAACGCAGAACUAAAAACACCCUACCAGCAACAUUUUCUUCCUCGUCACAAGGAGCUAGCUAAAGGAUCUGUUCCUCAUCUCUCUUCCUCCCUCUCGGGUUGACCCACACACAUGUAUGCGCCAUUCGAUUUUUUUUUCUUCCGUUCAAGCAGCUCUGCGUUAAGAACGUCUUGGAGUACAGUUGUCUCUUUUUCUGAAGAACAAACACAGAAAUUCGUCUGAAUGACGGCUCUACAGUUUCGUGAUGCUUUUUGGGGGGCAGAUUUUUCUGACCGGUCUGGUUAUGAGGCUAUACUUCAGAGACUGCAAGAUGGCAGACGAAUGUGUAAGGAUGUGGAGGAACUACUCAGAAUGAGAGCAGUUGCAGAGGAAAAGUUUGGAAAAGAACUAGUGGCAAUUGCUCGGAGGACAGGAGGGCAAACUGAGAUCAGCACCUUGAGAGCAUCAUUUGAUCGGCUUAAAGCAGAAAUAGAGCACACAGGGAGUCUGCACAUCCAGCUUUCUGGAAUGAUAAAAGAGGAAGUUCAGAAAAUAGAGGCGUUCCGAGAACAUCAGAGAGAACAAAGAAAGAAGUUUGAGGAGAUCAUUGAGAAGGUCCAGAAACCUAUAGAGGCCUUAUACAAGAGGACCAUGGAGUCUAAGAGGUGUUAUGAGCAAAGAUGUAAAGAGGCAGAUGAAGCAGAGCAAGCGGUGGAGAAAAAAAGCAGCCCUGCCUCUACCCCUCUGAGGCAGACAGAAAAGGUACUAAACAGGGCCCGGUUGUGCAGAGAAGCAGCCAGACUAGCAGAAAAGCAGUAUAUGUGGCAUGUUGAUAAACUGGAAAACAUUCGUCAGGACUGGGAAAGCACAUACAGGAGCACAUGUGAGGUGUUUCAGCAGCAGGAGUCAGACCGCAUUGGUAUCUUGCGCUGUGUGUUGUGGGAUCAUUGUAAUCAGCUGUCCAUGCAGUGUGUAAGAGAUGAUGAGUGCUAUGAAGAAGUGAGGAAGAUUCUGGAAGAGUGUGACAUCGCCAUGGAUAACAACUGUUUCAUUCAGACAAGAAGGACAGGCUGCAGCCCACCUAAAUCUGUAGAGUUCCAGAAUUACUAUAACGCAGACACCAAUGGAGAUGCAGGUGGCACUACUGCACACAGGUUGCCUUGUAUAGAGCAGGAAACCCCUGUUGUUAACUUGUCUUUUUCAGUGGCUCCAUCUUGUGAGUUCACAGGAGUUGAUGAGCAUAUAAGCAGAGAGGAUGUCUCUACUGUGGAGAGCAGAGUGGCUGAUGAGGAGCAGUACAAAGUUUUGUAUGAUUACAAAGCACAGGAUCCAGAUGAGCUUUCUAUCACUCGGGGAGAGGUUUUGCUGAUAACUGAUCAAGGAGAGGAUGGGUGGUGGAUGGCUCGAAGGGGUGAUUUGGUUGGGCUCGUACCUGGAACAUAUUUGAUCAAACUCUGACACAGAGUGACCAUUCAUGACAUUGUCUGCCUCCUCAUCUCAUUCUUACUAUGUGAAACUUACCUUGCCACACGUUAACCAU